AGGAGCCCCCGCACGUUGUCUGGUUGUGUCACUCACAACACAUUCAUUCUUUUCUUUCGCUUCAUUGUACGUUUUUUCUCUUCUCUUCAGGAUUCUUGUGUUGCCGUUCGUCGUUAUUGAAGUCGCGUCUCCCCUCUUUCUUAGCAGCCAUGGCGCUUAUUCGCAUGUUUGGCGACUUGCUGCACCUCGGUGCAAUCUUCAUUCUGCUGUCGAAGAUGCUGCGACAGCGCUCCGCCGCUGGCAUCUCUCUCAAGUCGAUGCAGCUGUUCGCCAUCGUCUUCUGCACGCGCUACAUAGAUCUCCUCUUCAAAUACGUAGGCCUCUACAACUCCGUCAUGAAGAUCUUCUUCAUUGCCUCCACGGUGCAUAUUUGCUAUUUGAUGAAAUUCAGAAGCCCCUGGAAGGCCACCUACGAUCGCGAGAACGACACGUUUCGUAUUCGAUACCUCAUCGUACCUUGUGUGGUGUUGGCUCUUCUGUUCCACAGUACGCCGCGAAUCAACGUUGUGGUGGAACUUCUGUGGACCUUCUCGCAGUACCUCGAGUCUGUGGCGAUUCUUCCGCAGAUUUUCCUGCUCGAGUACACGGAUCGCUACGACGCGCUCACCUCGCAUUACCUCUUCUGCCUGGGCGCGUACCGUGUGGUGUACAUGUUGCACUGGCUCAUUCUGUACUACGUGCGGGACAGGGUGAUGUGGGUGUCUGUUAUCAGCGGCCUUGUGCAGUCGUUGCUGUACGUGGACUUCUUCUACCACUACGUAACGCAGGUAGUGCGUCGCGCGAAGCAGCGCUACGAGCUGGCGAAGUAA